AUGGCUAGCCCACAGGUUCUCGUGUUCGAUGCUGAGGGCCGCCCUGUGAAGUUUGACACCUGGCUCGAUGAUCUGCACCUCUACCUACAACUCAGAGCCAAGGAUGACAUCUCACUGUACGAUCACGCCCUAGGCCAUGUCACUGCCCCUGUUGCUACUGCUGACAGCACUGCUCGCUCACAGUGGCAGACUCGUGAUGCCCACGCUCGCUUCGCUAUUCGCAAGUCCUUGCCGAUAGACGAACGCGAGCACUUUGGCCAGCACAAGACUGCACAGGCACUGUACACAGCUGUAGUUGCUCGCUACUCCUCACCUGCCUCUGCCGCAUUAGGCCGUCUCUCCCUCCCCUACCUGUUUCCCGACCUGGCAUCUUUUCAUACAGUCGCUGACCUCAUCACACACCUCCGUACUAGUGAGGCCCGCUUCCGUGCCGCCAUGCCUGCUGAGUUCCUUGCCACGCACCCCCCUCCACUCUGGCUCACUCUCUACCACCUAGUCACCCGCCUCCCUGACACACUUCGUGCUGUCAGGGACCACUUCCUAGCUCGCUGCCCCAUUGAGCUCACCAUUGCCCUCCUCGAGAAGGAGCUACUUGCAGCCGAGACUAGCAUAGUCGCUGUAGGUGCCUCUCGUGGCGACCCCCGUACCCCGUUCUUUGAGGGGUGUUCUCCUUCCCCCCUUCUUCCCUCUGUCGCCUCUGCUGCUGCUGUCGACCUUCUUGGUGCUAAGAAGGUCGGCGCUGCGCCUGCCUCGAGUGGGCGCCGCAGCGGCAAGGGCAAAGGGGGCAAGGGUGGUGGCGGUGACGGCGGGGGAGGCGGCGGUGGGGGUGGUGGAGGCGGUGGUGGUGGUGGCUCGGCUGGAGGGGCGAGUGGUAGCGGUUGGGGUGGUGGCGGCAGCGGCGGGGGAGGUGGCACGGGCGGAGGCGGUGGUUGGGGUGGAGGUGGACGCGGCGGCGGCAGGGGUUGGGGUGGUCGAGGAGGUGGCAGCGGUGGUGGUGGCCGUGGAGGCGCUGGUGGUGGCCAGGGCCAGCAGCACACUCCUUCGCCCCAGGAGGUCCGUGAGUGGUACUCUCAGCACGGGGGUGGGGUUGGUCUUAGCUGCACGUACGUCAUUCGCACUGGUGACUGCACUGGUCAGCAGUGUGGACGACCGCACGCCACACAGCGCUGCUUCGCUCGUCUCGAUGACGCUUGGCGUGUUCGGUUCCCUCAGGCCACUGAGCUGCCCCGCUGGAUUGAUCUCCUGAAGAAGGGGAUUGAUAUCUAUGCUCUAGACUUUGAUGCUAUUCUAUCUGCCAUGUAUGUGAUGUCUAAUAGUGGAGAGGGUGCUGAGUACUUGUGUGUGCCGCCCGACCCGGGCAUUAGGGCCAGUGCGUCUGCCGCUCCAGGUACUUGCGUGUCGGCUACCCCAGGUGCUGGUGAGGCUGCUGCUCUAGGUGCUCGUGUGUCUGCCCCCCUUGGUACUGAGUCGACUGCAGCACUGCACACCUUCACACUGGACUCAGGUGCUUCUCGCUGCUUCUUUCGUGACCGCACUGCCCUUGAGUCGCUUGCUCGGCCAGUUGCUGUCUCCCUUGCUGACCCCUCUGGGGGUCCGGUCAUUGCGACCUCUUCCAUUGUCCUUCCCUGUCCUGCGGUCCCGUCGGGCACACUGUCAGGUCUCCACCUCCCCUCGUUCUCUACGAACUUGGUGGCAGGAUGUGCGCUCCAGGACGGGGGUAUUCACAAGUUCACCCCUGCCUACGAGCGCGUGACACACUGUACGUGUGCUCGUACGGGCCGUCACUUGGCUACCUUCACUCGGCAGCCGGGGUCGGACCUGUACACACUGACUACUGAGUCCCCUCAGGUUGCUGCGUCUGCGUCUGCGUCCGCGUCAGGUCAGCUGUCCGCCCCCUGCUCGUGUCGCUCUCUGGCACACGAGACUGUCCUCUGGCACCACCGCCUUGGCCACCCGUCUGUGCAGCGGCUUCGUGCCAUGCACUCCCGGUACCUUGUCUCUGGCCUGCCCAAGGUCCUUCCUGCCCUCCCACCCUCGCCUGCUCCUACCUGUCUCCCCUGUGUCGAGGGAAGGCAGUGCGCCGCUCCUCACUCCUCCUCGUUUCCCCCGACGACUGCUCCCUUGCAGACACUCCACAUGGACGUGUGGGGCCCAGCCCGCAUCCGUGGUCAGGGUCAGGAGAGGUACUUCCUGAUAGUUGUUGACGACUACUCGCGCUACACCUCGGUCUUCCCCUUGCGCACCAAGGGUGAGGUCCCUGAUGUCUUGAUCCCUUGGAUCCGCAGAGCCCGUCUCCAGCUCAGCGAGCGUUUUCACUCGGACUUUCCUGUCCUGCGCUUGCACUCUGACAGAGGUGGUGAGUUCUCCUCCGACCUCUUGGCAGCCUACUGUGCUGAGCACGGCAUUGAGCAGUCGUUCGCGCUUCCGGCCUCUCCACAGCAGAAUGGGGUUGCGGAGCGCCGCAUUGGCCUGGUCAUGGAGGUCGCCCGUACCUCCUUGAUCCAUGCGGCUGCCCCCCACUUUCUGUGGCCGUUUGCGGUCCGGUACGCUGCGCAUCACCUCAACCUCUGGCCCCGUGUCUCCUUGCCGGAGACCUCGCCCACGCUGCUGCGGACGGGGGAGGUUGGUGAUGCGUCGCGUUUCCGGGUCUGGGGAUCUCGAGCUUUUGUCCGCGAUACGUCUGCGGACAAGCUCUCCUCCCGUAAUGUUCCCUGCGUCUUCCUCGACUUUGUCCCGGACGCGUCUGGUGCUGCUGUUGCAGACCCCCUCCCCCCUCAGGGUGCCGCUCCCUCAGGUGUGUCUCAGGUAGACCCGGUUGAGCCUGUUGAGGUAGUUGUCGACUCUCGUCCUGCUGGGGGUGUUGAGCCUGGGGGUGCUGAGCCUGGGGGUGUGGAGCCUGGGAGUGCUGAGCCUGGGGGUGUGGAGCCUGGGGGUGUGGAGCUUGGGGGUGCUGAGCUUGGGGGUGCGGAGCCUGGGGGUGCUGAGCUUGGGGGUGCUGAGCUUCGGGGUGCUGAGCCGCAGAGUCCGGAGUCUGGGGGUUCUGGGUCUGGAGGUACUGGGCCUGGGAGUCCUACACCUGGAGGAGCCCUCUCCUCAAAGCAGCUGCGUGAGUGGUACUUACAGUACUGCAGCCUGCGGAGAGGUGCCGCUCGAGCCAAACGUGCUGCUGGGAUUGGUGCUAGUGCUUCUUCUCCCAUUCGGGAGCUCACCUCCCGUGAGCGGAUCCGUGAGUGGUACGAGCGGCGCUGCACUCUUCGGAGUGGCGUGCCUCGUGUUGCGGACCCCGCUGCCGUUGGAGCUGCUGCUGGUGCUGAGGACCCGGGCGUUGGAGCUGCCGCUGGUGCUGCGGACCCGGGUGUUGGAGCAGCUGCUGGUCCUGAGGACCCGGGCGUUGGAGCUGCCGCUGAUACUGCGGACCCGGGAGUUGGAGCUGCUGCUGGUGCUGAGGACCCGAGUGUUGGAGCUGGUGCUGGUGCUGAGGACCCGGGCGUUGGAGCUGCUGCUGGUGCUACGGACCCGGGUGCUGGAGCUGCUGCUGGUGCUGCAGACCCAGGUGUUGGAGCUGCUGUUGGAGCUGCGGACCCAGGUGUUGGCGCUGCUGCUGGUGCUGCGGACCCUGGUGCAGGUGUCCCUGCUGGCUCUGGUGUCGCUGCACAGUCCCGGCCGUACUUCGUUCCGCUCCUUCAGCAGGUUCUUGGCACUCACCGGAUGGCGCUUCGUCCGUCCACUGCUCCACAGCGUGUCCCACUGCCGUCUCCUCCUGCUUCCUCUCUUCCUGCUCUUGCUGACCCUGAGUCCGACUCUCUUCGUGCUGCCAGUCCUACUGUCACGCGUCUCCUGUCUACUGUUGUCACUAACCCUUCCUUUGAGUCUGCUACUGCGUCUGCCUUAGUUGCUGAGCUUGUCGACUUUGCUGCCACCUGUCGUCUAGACUACGCUGCUAGCCUAGUUGCUGAGUCUGAGUCUGUCUGCUAG